UAAGAAAUCAUUCCAUAAAAAAUGAAAAAAACUACAAACAAAUCUUUAAAAUUAUUUGGGUACAGAAUCACUAUAUCUCUUCUAUGGAUAAUGUUUGUCCUGAUGUACGGCAAUGGAGCGAUAGAUUCGAACACUGGAAAUUUUCCACUUUCAGUGAAAGUAUUGGCGUUUCUUUUGUCUACUACUACAUUGUUUCUUCUAAUAUCGGCUUGUGUGCUUGUAUCAAAAAUAAGAGAUUGCUCCAAAAAGACAUAUAUUUAUAUUGCUCUAUUCAUACUAUGCAAUAUAACUUUUGGUCUAAAUUUGAUGAUUUCGCUCAAGCUGUUCUCAUUUUUUUACACUAGUUUAUUGGCCCAAGUAACUUAUAAUCUUUAUAUCAGUGUAUUCAUUCUGUACAUGGUCAUGAACAAUUUAAAACAUUUGCAACUGAUUUACUGGGAAAUUCGUGGAAUCAAAGGAAAAUCACUAUGGGCCAUUGCCACAAUGAGAUCAAUAUUGCUAAUAUCGUUUACUGUCUUUGUGCUCGUAAUACCUCUACUUCGUGCAUUUAUUCCAUCCAAAGCGUUAAAUGUAUUGGUAUCAUAUUAUCUGUUAAUUAUCAGUAUGAUUUUUGCCAUGUUUUUACGUGCGGGGAAAGAAUCUCUUAUAGAGAGUAAAAUCACCAACUUUGUUCAGAAAAUCAUCACCUUCAAUGGCAGAUGGCCAAGGCUAGAAGCAUAUGCCAUAUCAAUGAUAAUAUUAUACUUAUUAUCGGAAUUUGGUGGAAUAUGGAUAUCGAAUGUUCAAAAGGAUUCGUAUAAAAAUUAUGAAAUGGAAAACGAAUUAUCUUGUAUCCUACAAAUAUUUCUUUUCGUGGCCACCGUUCAAGCUUUCUUUCUGAAAUGUCUCAUGGAUCCUGAUGCAAAAAUUGAUUUCACUACAGUAGAAACCAUUCUUCUUGAUUCUUGGGGUCUUGGAAAAGAUGAUGAAUCCAAAGAGCAACCAAAUGAUAUCGAAUAAGACACAUUUUUGGAUUUGGAUGACUCGAACUAAAC